GGCAGAAAAGAAAAAAUGCAAAAAAAACAUAAUCAUUCAAAAUCGAAAUCGAAAUCGAUAAAAAGUAUGGAACAAAUUUUGACCCGAACCAAAUUAGAUUUGGAUGAUUUAUUGCGAAAAAUUCGUCAACAACAACAACGUAUGAAGGAUUCAAAAAAUCAACGACAACGAUCGUCGAAUGAUCAAAAUUUAAAAAUGUCAACAACCGUAAAAUUGUUUCAAAAACCAUGGCCAAAGAAAAAUGUUCGAAAACAACAACUGCAGCCGCAACAAAUUGAAGCGACAAAACAACCUUUUUACGUUCAACAAUUCAAUACGACGACUAAUGAUAGUCAUGAUGAUGAUGGUAGUCACUUGAUGGAUGAUGAUCGCCAAAAUUCAUUUGAUGAUGAUCAUGAUGAAGGAAAUUCAUUAAUUUAUAAAAAUCUUGAUCAAUAUCCUGAAUAUGAUCCACAACAAUCAAGAUUUUGUCCAUUUCAUUUUGGUAUACCAUUCUAUACGAAAUAUACAAAUCAAGAAUUAAAUCGAAUUAUAACCGUUCGUCCAACAAUGGCAUUUGAUCAGGAAUCAACAACAACAACAACACAAUCGAAAUCAAACAAAAAAAAGCAAUCAUCAUCAUAUGAUAAUUUAUGUGAUUAUUAUGAAUUAUCAUUUUAUAAUGGUAGUGGUAGAAAUGUUUGA